AUGGGGGGCGCUAUACCUAAUCUCCUGGGCGAAGAUCGAGCUCAUCUGGUCUCUACCAUCAAGUUCAAACUAACGUUGCGCCAGCAGCCCAAAGCGGCCCGAGCCUGUGGCGCUGGGGAGAGAGAUCGACGAACCAUUGACCCGCCGCCGAUUCUGCAGCUACUCAUCUCGAGCGAUGCGCUGUCCCGGGAAGAAAUUGCUAUAUACCUUCGCCACGAGCCCUACGUGAUGACGGCGGAGAUCUUUGACGAGACCGGCACCCACGAAUGCGCAAAGAUGCCUGCCGAGUUCAAGCACCAGCGCCGCAUGACCGGCUCGCUAGUGGGCAACCCAUUCUUCGGCAAGGACGAGUUCGGCGGGGAGGGCACCUUCUUCCCCUUUGGCGAUCUCUCUGUCCGCAGUCUGGGCACCUACACCCUCAAAUUCAAGUUGUUCAUGAUCGACCCGCAAGACCCGCGACGUCGCGCCCCGUGUCUGGGCGAAAUCACCAGCUCGCCAUUCCAGAGCUACGCCGCCAAGGGGUUCCCGGGAAUUGAGCCGAGCUCCAAGCUUGUGAGAGUGCUGAGAGAGCAGGGAUGCAUCAUCUCCAUCAAAAAGGGCCACGACAAGAAGAGGCCCUACAGGGACAGCGCAGAGCCGAGCGGUGGCGAGGACGAUGAUGAUAGUACGCCCAGCAACCGUAGGAGACGAGGGGGGGUGAAGGAAGGGCGCUGA